AUGAUGCACCGUGAAGCAAUCACCAGCGUCAACUCAUGCAUCAUGGAUAACGACGCGUCUGAUCAAGUUGAUCGAUUCUGCCGUCAAUAUCUGCAGUUGGAGAAAACCCUUGACUUUCCGGAACGGAUUCAUCUGCGACAAUCUACAGUCCAGGAGGCCAUCUAUGACAACCUCUUUGCAGAUGAGGCCCUGCGUUGUGGACCUCCGAUCAGGUACCAGGUCAAGACACUCAAGUCAAUUGUAUCCAAGAUUGAGGACAGCAUUGAGGACUGGGACCAACAUGAAGUAUCUGAGAAUCUCAUGAGUGCCUUGUCCGUGCUCCUAGCAUCCCCCCUUCCAGCAGAAGCAGAAGCUGUGCAGCAGAAGUGCUAUGUCACGUAUCAUUUGUCGGCACUGGCGAGGCAGCCUUGCCCUCGUGUCACACUGCUAGAAAACCGGUCUCUCAUCUCGGCAGCGGGAACAACAGGUCUGCGGACAUGGGAGGCGGCCCUACACAUGAGUCACUUCCUCUCCCAGCGCCCUGAGAUCGUCAUGGGAAAGCGUGUACUGGAACUCGGUGCCGGCACAGGCUAUCUGUCGAUUGUCUGCGCAAGUUUUCUUCAGGCCACGCAUGUAGUCGCGUCGGAUGGCUCAGACGAUGUCAUCAACAAUCUUCCGGAGAAUCUCUUCCUGAACGGCCUGGAAGGUGCCGAUGCUGUCACAGCGAUGGAUCUCAAAUGGGGCCACGCACUCUUGGGCACGGAGGAGGCGGCUUGGAAUGGUGGUCGGUCUGUCGACGUCGUGCUCGGUGCUGACGUGACCUAUGACCGGAGUGUCAUUCCAGCUCUGGUGGGGACCGUGGACGAUCUGUUGCAAAUGCAUCCCCACGCUGAAGUGUAUGUUGCAGCGACUGAACGCAAUGCCGAUACAUUCGGCGCCUUCCUUUCGGUCUGCCAGAGUAAUGGUCUGGCGGUGGACGAUCUGGAAGUUGAAGUACCCGCUCGCGGUCAGCAGAAGGGGCCGUUCUACAAUGACCAGGUGGCCAUUAGAAUAUGCAAGAUAUCAAAAUAG